AUGAAUGAUAAUACUUACUGGGGUUACGAUUGUCCUGGAAACGACUUGUAUCAAGUUCAGACAAUAAAUAUGUACUGUUCAGAACAAUGUGCCAAAACGUCCGGAUGUACACACGUUGUAUGGUCAAAAGCAAACAAUUAUACAUGUUCGUUAAAAAAAGGUACCUUUUCGAAAAACAAUUUGGUCAAAACUGAUGAUAAUCAUACUGCGUGUGUGCAAGUGUUUCCAAGUGAAUCUCGAGAUAUUCCACCUGAGCGAUUCAAUAUAAGUACAUCAUUUCAAUGGACUUGUCAAUUUCCGACAUGUUCCAGAAAGGCGAAUAUACUUCGACGCGUAAAUCCAGUGAAUACUUGUCGUGAAGAUGGACGUACAAUUGCAGGAAUUAGGCAAAUUUUUAAGAUUGGCAACUUGGAAAUUCCAGGAUAUGAUCCAGCGUAUAUGUGUAGUGAUCAACAACCGUGGUCUAUUAAUGAUAGUCUAGCUUACGGGUUUGGUUCAAUGUAUUUUGAAUCGUCAACAGAUAUUGAUUUCUGUUGUAUCUGUUAUCGAUUAAAUUUCGUGGACGAUUUAUUCAAAGACAAAACCAUGCUUGUUCAAAUGAUUAGUCAUGAACCACGAACAUCAAAAUAUCACCAAUAUAUUGAACUGUUUGUUCCGGGAAGCGAAGAUCGUUAUGAAGAAUGCGGAAGGCAAUGGAUGUUGGCCAAACGCGAUUACAAGUUUCCGAGCAAAACACUGUCGCGUGAGCAAUGUUUUAAUCUUCCCGAGCCAAUUCAAAAUGGCUGUUUGUUUAAAUUCGAUUGGCUAAAAAAUGUUCAAAAGCCAAAUAUUACUUAUACUAAGAUUCAAUGUCCGAAAGAACUGACUGAUAAAAGUGGAUGUAGUCAAGGUACUGUUAAUUAA